CCAUUCCACUCAGGUUACAAGGGCCGUUAAGUUCUAACGGUAGUGGUCGUGUGGAAAUAUUCCAUAGUGGACAAUGGGGAACCAUUUGUGAUGAUAGCUGGGAUAUAAAUGACACUACAGUGGUAUGUCGUCAACUUGGAUAUAAAUAUGGUGUUAGAGCACUUCGAGGUGGCGACGUUCCUGAUGGGUCCGGGCAGAUAUGGUUAGAUAGCGUCAGCUGCACUGGGAUUGAGCAACAUUUGACCAGUUGUUCCCAUGAUGGUUGGGGAAACCAUAAUUGCGGCCACCAUAAGGAUGCUGGAGUUGAAUGUUCUUCAGCAG